UUACAAAGUUACAAAAUCGGCGCAAAUUUCUUGAUUCAAAAAUCGAUAUGGCUCCGCGUAAGAAGGUGAAUGAAAUGGUGAUUCGGAAGACGGCGAAUUUGACGGACAAAAUGCGAAAGGAGCGGACAGUUGAGGAGUUUGAGGAGGUUAAAACCGCUCAAUCCAAAUCCUACGAAUCCGACACUUCAUCGGCCGAAUCGUUGCGUCAAAAACGAACAGCUCCCUCCGCGAUUCGUACCGUGCAAAUUCAAAAAGAAAUCGUUCUUCCUUACGAUGGAAAUCUAGUCUCCGUCUAUGAGAAGUCGAGCAACACCCGCUCUUUGGACACGAUUUCAGAGCCAGGCGAUCUUGAGGAGUUCAAGAAGAAGGCUGAGGAAUCCAAGUACGUUGGUCCUCAGAUUGUCCCAAUGAAAUUCGUGACAACUGACGUGGAGACGCCGGUUAAGGCGAUUUUUGUUUCGGAUUUCGACUUCUGCCAGGCAAUGCAUCACCCGCCACAAAGCUCGACCCAAAGCAAGAAAGUGGAAUUUUCCAAGCGGUUCGAGGUGGAGCAGAAGUUUCUGGAGGAAAUGGUGGCGGAUAUCGAGAAGCUCAUAGUGUCCAGUGGAAGAAUGGAUGUGGAGCUGAAAGUUGUCAAGGCUAGAGAGGAAAACGAUAGUCCACGUGCAAAAAUCAGCCUGGUCCGGAAAAUUCACGCGGAAAAAGUCGAUGACAAUCUCAACAAUCAAGCCGGGCUUGUUGGCUUCAUCCUGCCUGAUUUGGAAAUGAAGGACCACGGGAUUCCGUUGAAAAUCACCAAAAACCAGCAAGUUCCGUCGGGCCAGAAAAUGUUCGAAUCGUUUAAACGUCUUUUUGGAUAUUGAUUUGAUUAUGAGCAUGAUAAAGAUUUUCUGAUUUUUUUUUCAGAACUAUUA